AUGGCAGCACUCUCAGAGGAGGUGUUGCUGGUGGUUAAGAGAGUGCGGCAGAAGAAACAGGACGGAACGCUGUACCUGAUGGCCGAACGCAUCGCCUGGGGCCCCGAGGGCAAAGAUCGCUUCACCGUCAGUCACCUGUAUGCUGACAUCCGCUGUCAGAAAAUCAGCCCAGACGGCAAAGCCAAGAUUCAGCUGCAGCUGGUCCUACACACUGGUGAAAGCACCACCUUCCACUUUGCCAAUGAAAGCAGCGCUCUCAAGGACCGCGAUGCCACCAAAGACCUGCUCCAGCAACUACUGCCCAAAUUCAAAAAGAAAGCCAACAAGGAACUGGAGGAGAAAAACAGAAUGCUGCAGGAGGACCCUGUGCUGUUCCAGCUGUACAAGGACCUGGUGGUGAGUCAGGUGAUCAGUGCUGAGGAGUUCUGGGCCAAUCGGCUAAGCCUGAACUCUGUUGACCACUCCCUCUCCAACAACAAGCAGGAAGUGGGCAUCUCCGCAGCUUUCCUGGCGGACAUCAGGCCGCAGACAGAUGGCUGUAAUGGACUGAGAUACAAUCUGACCUCUGACAUCAUCGAGUCCAUCUUUAGAACCUAUCCCACAGUGAAACAGAAGUAUGCCGAGAAUGUUCCUCACAACCUGACGGAGAAAGAGUUCUGGACUCGGUUCUUCCAGUCGCAUUACUUUCACCGAGACCGGAUCAACACCGGCCUGCAGGACAUCUUUUCUGAGUGUGCCAAACAGGACGAAAAGGGCUUGAAGUCUAUUGUGGGCCAAGGAGUGAAAAACCCAAUGGUAGACCUGUUGGCACUGGAGGACAAAACGCUGGAUGAGGGAUACGGGUCGUCCUCCACCCCCUCCACUUCCUCGUCCAGCUCCACCAAAACAGUGAAGGAGAACAGUAACUUGGCCAUUAUCAAACGUUUCAACCAUCACAGCGCCAUGGUACUGGCAGCCGGCCUGCGUAAAGUGGACGCUCCCAAUGACCAAGCCAGUGAAACCAGUAGUACAGAUGGAAACUCAAGAGACUCGGAUUUCUUUCAGCCGCCCAUAAAGAAGGUAAAGUUACAGGAGGCCAUUGAGUAUGACGAUUUGCAGAAUGAAUCUGGACCCAAAACAGUUGCUCUAAAUUUAAAGAAAUCUGACAGGUACUCUCAUGGCCCUGUGCCUCUGCAGUCCCACCACUACUCCACCAGCCAGGACAUCAUCAAUUCUGUCAGCCUUAUUCAACACGAAAUGAGCAACUACAAACCCUGCCUUACACAGGUGAUGUCCAGCAGCGCUGCCAGCUCUGCUAUCACUGCUCUGUCUCCAGGGGGAGUGUUAAUGCAAGCCGCAGUGCAACAAACCAUGAACCAGCUGGUGCCCACAGACGUACAGACUGAACUGAAGCACUUAUACACGGCCGCUGGGGAGCUCCUCCGUCACUUCUGGGCCUGUUUCCCAGUAAACACCCCCUUUCUGGAGGAGAAGGUGGUUAAGAUGCGGUCCAACCUGGAGAGAUUCCAAAUGACCAAGCUCCGCCCCUUCCAGGACAAGAUCCAGCGCCAAUACUUAAGCACUAACCUUACUGGACAUCUGGAGGAGAUGAUUCAGGCUGCCUACAACAAGUUCCAUGCCUGGCAGACCCGCCGAAUGAUGAGGAAAACUUGAAAGGAUGCAGAGAUGGACUGCUUUUUGUUGAAGAGGAGAAAAGAUUAGGGGAGGAAUAAAAAAAGAGAGUGAGGGAGGGAGGGAAAUCAGAAUCGGUAAACUCCUCUAUAACUUAGGCCUGAAGUGCUUCUCAGACCCGGUUUUAGCCCCAGGACUGAAAGCAAUCAGGAGGCGGUGCUAACUGCGACAGGACAAGGCAGGAUUCUGCUGUGACCUUAUUGGUCCAGAAGAUACGGACUAUGCCAAUCAAAAGCGACUGUAAUUUUUUUUUCUUGUUCCUUUUUGUUGUUGUUGUUCUUGGUCUGUUUUGUUGUUCUUCUUUUUUCUUUUCUUUGAGGAUGAAAACAUGUCUGGGUUCCACCAGUUUGUGAUGAGCCCAUAAAUUCUAACUUUGACAGUGUUGUACUCUAAGACCAAACGGUGGGCUUACUUGUAUUACAGGAAGGAUUCUCAGGAAACAUGGAUAUUCAAUGCAAAAGGACUUUGGAGAGAACAGGAGUGUCUUUUACCCAUGCACACACAGCACCGGAUGCUAUGACAAGGAAGAUUUCCCACAAAUCUAACAACGUCAGUGCAAUGCAGUCCUUUCUGAAGCAUAGGGUUCACACAGGUGCCCAUGCACAGCAGGGAAAGACAAUUAAAGCA